AUGAAGCCUGAUCUUGUGAUGAUUAAUGCCUUGGCGGAUGGUCAUUGUGCUACUGGUAACAUGAACCAUGCAUUCUCGCUGCUCAAGGAGAUGGAUAAUAUGAGAAUGGAUCCUGAUGAUGUGACGUACAAUUGCUCGAUGCGAGGGCUCUGUGGAGAAGGAAAAUUUGAGGAAGCUCGUGAGCUGAUGGGGGAGAUGGAGAGAAGAGGAACUCAACCUGACCACGUUAGUUACAACACUCUAAUAAGUGGGUAUAGUAAGAAAGGGGAUGUAGAGCAUGCUUUCAUGGUCCGGGAUGAGAUGCUGAGCCUCGGGUUUAAUCCCACUCUUCUCACCUACAAUGCUCUUUUAAAGGGCUCGAGUGAAAUCGCAGAGGAGCUGCUAAGGGAAAUGAAAAGUGAUGGCACUACUAAUGACAGUACCUACUGCUCUGUAAUUGAGGCAAUGUCUAAUUUGGAUCAGAAUGCACAAAAAGCUGAUACUUGA